CCGGAGGACUGAGGGAAAGGCACCCGCGCUGCCGGAAGUGGGCGCGCAAUUCUCGCCGCCGGGACCGUGGCGGGAGACCUGAGUCGUCGCCAUGGAGCUACCUGAGGCGGACGCCGCCGGCGACGAUGCCAUGGACUCGUUCCUGGAAAAGUUCCAGAGCCAGCCUUACCGCGGCGGCUUCCACGAGGACCAGUGGGAGGAGGAAUUUGAAAAGGUCCCCCUAUUUAUGAAGAAAGCGCCAUCUGAAAUUGAUCCCAACGAGAAUCCUGAAUUGGCUUGCCUCCAGUCAAUUAUUUUUGAUGAAGAGCGAUCUCCAGAAGAACAGGCCAAGACCUAUAAGGAUGAGGGGAAUGAUUACUUUAAAGAAAAAGACUAUAAAAAAGCUGUGAUUUCGUACACUGAAGGAUUAAAGAAGAAAUGCACAGACCCUGAUUUGAACGCUGUCCUUUAUACCAACCGGGCAGCAGCACAGUACUAUCUAGGCAAUUUUCGUUCUGCUCUCAAUGAUGUGACAGCCGCCAGAAAGCUAAAACCCUGCCACCUCAAAGCAAUAGUAAGAGGUGCCUUAUGCCAUCUGGAACUGAAAAACUUUGCUGAGGCUGUGAACUGGUGUGAUGAAGGGCUGCAGAUAGAUGCCAGAGAGAAGAAGCUUCUGGAAAUGAGGGCUAAAGCAGACAAGCUGAAGAGAACUGAGCAGAGGGAUAUCAGGAAAGCAAAGUUGAAAGAAAAGAAGGAGCAGAAUCGGAACGAGGCUUUACUCCAGGCCAUUAAGGCUAGGAACAUCAGGCUAGUCUCUGAAGCUGCCGGUCAGGAUGAAGAUUCAGACUCAGAAGGUCCAGGUGAGCUUUUCCUGGAUGGGCUCAGCUCGGAGAACCCCUGUGGAGCCAGGCUGAAUGUAGAUGAGCAGGGCAGGUUAAGCUGGCCCGUGCUCUUUCUGUACCCAGAGCACGCCCAGUCGGACUUCAUCGCUGCUUUUCACGAGGACUCCAGGCUUAUUGAUCAUCUAAUGGUGAUGUUUGGUGAAACGCCUUCUUGGGACUUAGAGCGGAAAUACUGCCCUGAUAAUUUAGAGGUCUACUUUGAGGAUGAAGAUGGGACAGAACUCUACUGGGUGCCUCCCAAGAGCACCCUGCUGCAGGUGCUGCAGCACCCCAGGUACUUCGUAAAAGCCCUGACACCCGCGUUUUUGGUCUGUGUAGGAUCCUCUGCUUUUUGUAGGAAUUACCUCCAGGGAAAAAAGGUGCACCAGGUGAAGUAACCAAGCCAGGCGGAGCCAGGCCUCCUGGGUCUCCUCCCUCACUUGCCUCUGCCUGGAGUCCAGCACACUUGAAUCAGCGGAGCCUUACACUUUAUUUCUGCCACCCUGGGGACAGUCCUUCCGUGCAUCGUGGUCGGGGGAGAGCUGCUGACUUCCCUGAACUACAUUCUCUGUGGUCAAACUGCCAAGCUCCAGCUGGUCUCCACUCUCUUCUUUUGAUACAAAACUCAGCACCUUGGUCAGGACAUCCUUGGACUCACUGUGAGCUGUUUUAUCACCAGCUCUAUCCCUCAAGGGACCAUCUUACAGUUACCACAGCAACUGACCUGAGGAGGUCCUGGCCUGUGGGCACGGACUCAGGAUCCAGUGCCAUGGUUCUGGCUGGACCUUUAUGGUGUUCGAGGCCUCAGAGAAGCCACCCCUCAAACCAUGCAUAUACACAAAGCACACAAAUAAUUUUAAGGCAUUCAGGCUGAGGGACUCCAACCUCCAGGUGUCUCACGAGCAGAGAGGCUUGCUCUGUGGGCAUGCUGUAGGUCCUUGGAGUGAGAUGAGGUCAGGAAACCUGGCUCCUGUUUCUGCACCCUGAAGACCUACAAACCAGGGUCCUGCAAAUCCCCUAAAAAGUUUACCAGUUUUCUUGCUCUGUGCAGUAGGGGAAACUGAUGGACUUGGAUGGUAGACUCUUGAGUUCCUCCCCAGUUUUCACAUUUUAGGAUUUUGUGCCUUUUAAACAUCUUUUGGCAGCUGAGUCAUUGUCAUAGCUGUUUGCUCCCUCCUUCCUAGAGGAUAGGCUAUAUCUUUACCUGUAGCCACGGGACUGCUUGCAGUACCUGCCCCAUCCCCCGGGGGAGGCAAAGGGAUGUGGGUAGACACAUUCAGACAGGAGGUUGGAGAGCAUCGCGUGGUGAGUUCAUGCUCUUUUCCUUCUGCCAUGAGAACACAUUUCCCAGCUAGCAGCUGUUCCCUCAGCCUGGGUGCCAGCAUGGUAGGAUGUGGAGCAGAGCUGAAGGACCUGGCCUGCAGCCGUUCAUUGUAACAUGAAUGAGAAAUAAAUGUUUGUUGUAGUUGUAA